GCAAUAAAUCAAGGACCUUUUAAAAUGAUGGGAUAUAUUUCUAUGAUGGAAAAUAAAACUUCUCAAAAUCAAUUAUCAAAUUAUUAAUGUAAAAAGUUUCCAUACACAAUCUACUAUAUUAUGUUAAUUAAAUGUCAAUAAUUAACACGAUAAGAAAUGUAUGUUCUACGUCCCAACACGUGACAAUAAAGUUCUCAAUACAGCUGUGAAAACACAAAACAAUAAUCAGAUAGAAAGGACCAUCUGCUGUCCAGGCAAUAUAAAGACUGGUAGAAAAAGUGGCCAUGUUGGCAGUGGCAGUGGUAGUAGUAGUGGAAAAAAGGUAGUGGGAGCGUUGAACGUAUUUAACUGAGCAUCCAAUGCUGUUCUGUCGGACCAGUUCGAGUCUCUUUCUGAGUGGAACCACUUCCCACUCUUCCCAGGCGCGAUGCGGAAACAUAAUAUCACGUUGUUCGUACUCUUAUUGUCUCUACUGUGCGUGACACACGGCUUUAACAGAAGGAGGAGACAAAGAUUCACGUCCAAUGAGUUUGAUGUCUUGAUGUUCACUCAACGAUGGCCACCAACAGCUUGUUUCGUAUGGAAGGAAAACUCGGAAUCACGUAGUUGUUCGUUGCCUAAACGCGAAGAAUGGACUAUUCACGGAAUUUGGCCGACGAAAUAUCACACGAUAGGCCCAGAAUAUUGUAACGACUUGCCAUUUAACCCGAAUAUGCUGGCACCCUUGGAAAGCGAAUUAAAAGAAAACUGGAUUGAUAUCCAAAACGGGUCCAGGCCCUACACAUUCUGGAAACACGAAUGGGAUAAACAUGGCACCUGCGCAAUUACGGUACAGGCUUUGAACAGUGAAUACAACUACUUCCUGGCAGCCCUAAACCUACUCGACACCUACAACAUGAUAGAUGUACUUGCGAAAGCGAGUAUUUUGCCAGGUCAGAGGUACAUGGUGCAAGAUAUAUUGGCAGGAAUUGAAAAAGUGUUGGGUAAACGAAGUCAAGUCAUGUGUGCGAAGAACGAGAAAACAGGUGAAUCGUACAUGGUCGAGAUAAGGACUUGUUUCGACAAGACGUUACAAUUGGUUGACUGUGAUGGCAUCGUUAGUUUUCCUACGAACUGCAAUAGGCGUGAACCAAUAACCUAUCCUAGUAAUGUACCACGUUAUUAUAAUGUAAUACAGAUAUAAUAAUAGUACUAGAAAAAUAUCAUGUGCAAAAUAGAUAAAAUUAUUAAAUAAUGUUACAUCAUAUCAUACAUCAUGUACAUGACAUAUACGUUCAAAUCAAGAUUGUCACAAUAAGUAAUCGUAAUAUAGUUCUGUACGAAAUAAUAGAAUUAUAUAGCUAGUUUAAAUAAUAUUUAAAAUAAUUAAGUAAAAAAGAUGUAUUUUUAGACUAAGACAUUUACCAGAAUGCUUUUUGCAUAAUCAUGCACGCUUAUAAUAUCAGUUUAAAUAAUAUAGUUUAAAUGUUACAAACGAUAGAAAAUUCUCAACUUGGUUUUCAUCACCUGAACUUUUAAUCAUAAUUGAUCUGCACACGUAAAAAACAAGUUACAAAGAAAUCAGUUUCGAAAAUCGAAAAGAACUUUGUGUAUUACAGAGAAUAUGCUUAUAACGAAGAAUAUUAUAUUGGUGAAUGUCUUAUUAUAAUAAAUCUGUAUGAUAAU